AAUCCAAAUCUUCAAUCAUUACUUCAUCAAAAACAACAAUUUCUACCGAAUUCUCCGCUUGUACAUCCAAAUCAAAUGAAAAGAGAACAAAUGUCAUUUCCUGGAUCACCACAACAACAACAGCAACAACAAUUACCAUCGAUGUUUUCUACGGGUGGUCCACCAACACCAAAUGCAAAUACAAAUUCAAAUGUAUUUCCACCUCCCUCCACACCAAUUAAUGGAGAUUUAUCAUCAACAGGAAAAAGAACUUCAACGACAUCAAAUGUUUCAUUAUCAGGAAAUACAUCAACAACUACUAAUAAUAAUUCUUCCAAUUCUCCACCAACACCAUCUUCGACAAAUCAUAAUCAGAAUCCUUCUACACCCGCUGCUCCAUCAGCGAAUCCCCCAACAACUCCGACAAAUUCAUCUUGGAAUGGUUCAACGACUAAUCCUAAUAAUUCUUCUUCAACUAAUAAUCCAGUUAUUGCUGAAAAGAAACAGGAACCACAUACACCACCUGCUACACCUCAACAAACAAUUGCUACUGCCUCAUGA